AUGCAGCUACCUGAAGACUUUACAUCACAACCGCUAGGAUUUAUUGCCUUAACGGGGCUCGAUAUUAAGUACAAUGCUAUCCAUAGAUCUAUCUGGGAUUCCUUUACAGUCAAUAGACGACCAGAUAGAGUACCAUUACAUUUCAAUCUGCUUAGCGGAGAUUACGAGUAUCGAAAGCCGAAAUCCAAGAGAUCGACAUAUGAAUGGUAUAUCCCAAAAGGUAUUAUUAAAAUGGACUGGAUGCAGAAACAUAUCAACGAAAUUCCUUCUGUCCUUGUGAUAUUCUACGACUUAGACUGGAAUGAUCCCCAAUGGAAAGAGAAACAAGUUGAAUGUGUAUCCCGUGUAGAAAUUGCGAGGUCAAGCUUACAGGGUCGAAAUACAAAAAUUGCUGUCGUCCUCAUUCAAACUGCUGCGCCAUUACCUCCCGGUGAAGACAUGGUCGCUGCUGAAAGGGCUGCUACCCUGUGCACUGCUUGUGAAUUAUCCUCCAAAUCUUUAUUCGUUUUACCACAUAACCCAGAUCACCUAUACGGCUAUAUUAUUAGACUGGAAAAUGCAUAUUAUGAGUUAUCACAAGCUUAUUACCAUGGUGAAUGUCGUCGAGUUAAAUCACGCAAGGAAUUAUUAAACAAGCAAAAACACGAAGUUUUAAUCGUGCGUCAUCAAUUUAAGAUUGCGUUCUUCUGCGAGCUUAGGCAAGAUCGAACAUCCGCAUUAAAACAUUAUAAACUGGCUUAUAGCAACUUAAAAGAGCUCGAACCCAAUUACCGGAACAUGUUGGAAACCAAACUGUGUGCUAGUUUUUUUAAUUACAAGAUUUGUAGAUUAUGCUUUUUGGAUGGUAGCCCAGUAGACGCUAUCGCACAAUUUCGUAGCCACGUAGAUUACUUUAAGAAAAAGAGUGGCUAUGCAGAACUAGCAUUCAUUGAUGCUGCCUGGAUAUCGCACCAGUAUAGUAUAUUUGGCGACCUCUUUGAUGAAGCUGUUAAAAAUGGUUUAGAUGCCAUCCAAACUCAACAUCCAGGUUUUUAUUACCAAUACGCCGCCUGUUGUGCUAUAUUCAGGAAGCAAUUAUGUUACGAUCUAUGCCAGGCGGCUGCAAUGUUCCCUGUGCAAAAUACAUCUGAAACUACUAAAUAUGUAAAUUAUUAUGGGCAAAGAGUAUGGAAUCAGGGAUAUCAUAGUAUGACGGAAGCCUCUGAUGCAGAUUUCGAGAAAGCUGGUAUAUUGGCAGUUCAAACUGAGGAACUAAAAGUUGAUCAUUCCUAUAUCAUAAUUCAGUUAUUUAGUAAAGCAGUUAGUCAAUUCAAGAAGUACAAGUCCAGUCGAAUGAGAAGACAUCUUAUGAUUAAAAUGGCAGAAGAAUACUAUCAUGCCAAGGAUUAUGUCAAAGCUUUGGCAUUGCUUGAUCGCGUAGCUCCGGAUUAUCGUAGUGAGAAAUGGUGGGAUCUAUUAACUGCCGUUCUAAAUUUAUGGUUAAAAUGUGCAUAUCUCCUCUCUGAUGUACAAAACUAUGUCACUGUUUGUGUUGAAAUGAUAUCAAAACAUUCUACUAGUGAUAUCAACAGUAAAUCUCGAAUUCAAAAAAAUCUUCUUAACAUCAUCCAGGGAAAACAGCCUGAUCCUGAGAGUGAUUUAAGUGCAGUGUCGGUUGAGGAAGCAUCUAAACUCUGGAUACAAAAAUUUGCUAUGAUUAUGGCUCCUAUGCCAGCUUUCGACAUCGACAUCUCUCAAUUAGCAUCAUUUGUGGAAUGCAAAGUUAGCUUCGGGACUUCUUCAUUCACGGCAGAUGUUCCUAUUAUCAUCAAUGUAUACUUGAGGUCUUCUUCUCCUCUGCCAAUACGCUUUCACAGAUUGUCGCUGAAAUUCAAUAUUGAGGAAUACAAUAAUGUAUGUAGUAUAAUAAAUAAAGAUACUGAUAACGAGGAAAGUCUAUUACUGAUUCCAAAUCAGUUGAAAUGCGUUACGUUUAAAUUUGUUGCUCGCUCUGAAGAUGUUGGUGAGUCAUUAGAGGUGAGUACUGCUUCUUUACAACUUGGGGACGAAAAAUCCUAUAAUAUUGUCAUGACUUGGAAUACCAGUAGCUCAGCUCUUACUACCCCCACUCCAACUUUACUGUCAAAUGUUACUAAUCAUCCGGAGGUUUUGUCUUUUGAUCAGAUUCAAGCAAAGCCUGCCACCAAGCUUACUUCUAGGAAACCGUUAAUUGAUCUAAAAUUGCAGCAUGAACCUCCUGCUUUAGUGAAUGAAUAUUAUUCAGUUAAACUAUUGAUUCAAAAUGAUGAAAAGGCAGAAAUUUCGGAUGUUAGGUCAGUUCGAUUUAUUAAGUGUGAUUUAUGCCUUGCAUUUACAGCAUGGCUUUGUAUAGAUAACAUAUCAGAUAGCUCAACACAUUCGAAAUCAGUUAAAGAUAUUCAUAUUAAUAACAUUGCAUCAGGAGAAAAGGUAUCAAAAUUGCUGUUCGUUAAAUGCCAAAGUAAUGGACAGAGGGUUAUUUCAGUCAAGAUUACCUACAAAAUUAAUAUUGAAGUUGACGGCAAAGUUACUGAAUGUAAAUGUAAACAGACUGAUAGUGUAACGAUUGAAACGGCCAUCCCUUUUGAGACGGUAAUCAACACGGUAACAACGGAGUUAACUAAAGUUGAUGCGUUAUGUGCCAAUGAACCAUAUUUCAUUAUGGCCUGCUUAAAGAGCGUUUCACCUUGGCCUAUUACCAUCCUUAACUCUACUUUCAACCUAAUCAACCAAUUCGAAUCUGUUGAUACUGAUACACAGUCACAACUAUCCAACGUUUCACUACAAAAGAGUGAAGAAGCUAGGGAAUGCUUCGCUAUAAAAUAUAAGGGAUCAAUAGAAAAGUCAAAAUUAAACAUUGGAAAAUUACGUAUUAAUUGGAAAAGGAGUAAACAAGAAUAUCAGCAACCUGAAGUUGAAACUGACAUUACACUACCUACUGUCCUAAUUGAUACGUCCCCAAUAUAUAUUGUUAUAGAUAAACCAGCUUAUGGUUGUUUGAGGACAGCUCUACCCGUAACUUACGAACUUCAUAAUAGAACUAAUCUGGUGCAAGAAGUAGAAAUAAACAUUGAUCCAUGUGAAUCUUUCAUGUUUACCGGACUAAAACAGGUCAACCUUCGAAUUCUACCUUCUGAUAUCCACGCACUUAGGUACGUAAUGUAUCCUCUAACGACGGGCUACGUAACUUUACCUCGCCUCAAGUUAAAUCUACCAAGAUAUCAAAGCAACGAUUCUUUAGGCAAAGCCACAAUUGCUGCGCAAGUUCUGGUUAAGGUAAUAAUUUGA